AUGUUUGCCAUAGCUUCCCCAUCAUCAUCUUCUUCUUCCAAGAAAUAUGAUGUGUUUCUGAGUUUCAGAGGAGAGGACACUCGCAGAUCCUUCACCAGCCAUCUCCAUACUGCCUUGUGCCUCAGAGAUAUUGAGACAUACAUUGAUUAUGAGCUCCCAAAGGGCGAUGACAUCUCCCAAUCACUCAUUGAAGCAAUUCAUGAUUCAUCCAUCUCUGUGGUGGUUUUAUCUAAAAACUAUGCCACUUCAAAAUGGUGUUUGAAUGAGCUCCUUGAGAUCCUUCGCUGCAAACAACAUCAGGCACAGAUUGUUGUUCCUAUCUUCCACAAAAUUGACCCAUCUAAUGUACGCAAACAAAAGGCAACUUAUGAGAAAGCAUUCGCAGAACAUUUGGAGAAAAACUCAAAGAAGGUGGAGGAGUGGAGACAAGCACUUUUUGAGAUUGCAAAUCUAGCAGGAUGGGACUCCUGCAAGUAUAGGUCACUCUUCAUUCUCUAA